AUGAUUGGAGGCGGCUGUUCUGGUGCUUUUGGUAUUGCUUGUCAACAGUUUGGGUCUUCUGGCUUGUCGCCCGAAAACCAACAAAAGGUCACUCAAAUUCUCUUUGACGAAAAUAUUGGAGGUCUGUCUAUUGUCCGAAACGACAUUGGAUCCUCUCCGGGAACCACCAUUUUGCCCACUUGUCCCGCCACUCCAGAGGGCAAGUUCAACUAUGUCUGGGAUGGUAGCGAUAACUGCCAAUUCAAUCUUACCAAAACGGCUCUCAAGUAUAACCCCAACCUUUAUGUUUACGCCGAUGCUUGGUCUGCUCCUGGGUGUAUGAAGACGGUUGGGACAGAGAACUUGGGUGGACAAAUAUGUGGUGUGCGUGGCACCAAUUGCAAACACGAUUGGCGCCAAGCAUAUGCCGAUUAUCUCGUUCAAUACGUCCGGUUCUACAAGGAAGAAGGUAUUGAUGUCUCUCUUCUGGGUGCCUGGAAUGAGCCUGACUUCAACCCUUUUACCUAUGAGAGUAUGCUCUCAGACGGAUACCAGGCUAAAGACUUCUUGGAAGUCUUAUAUCCUACACUCAAAAAAGCUUUCCCGAAAGUGGAUGUUAGCUGCUGUGAUGCAACCGGCGCAAGACAAGAAAGAAACAUUCUCUAUGAGCUUCAGCAAGCUGGCGGAGAGAAGUUUUUUGACAUUGCGACGUGGCACAACUACCAGAGUAACCCUGAGCGCCCAUUCAAUGCUGGCGGAAAGCCCAACAUUCAGACAGAAUGGGCUGAUGGGACCGGUCCGUGGAACAGCACUUGGGACUACAGCGGCCAGCUUGCUGAGGGCCUUCAAUGGGCGUUAUAUAUGCACAAUGCUUUUGUGAAUAGCGACACCUCGGGUUACACUCACUGGUGGUGCGCACAGAACACCAAUGGCGACAAUGCUCUCAUUCGGCUCGACCGCGACAACUACGAAGUAUCAUCUCGACUCUGGGCUUUUGCACAGUAUUUCCGAUUUGCUAGACCAGGCUCUGUACGCAUUGAUGCAACAAGCAACGUAGAAAAUGUCUAUGUGACCGCUUAUGUCAACAAGAAUGGUACUGUGGCAAUCCCCGUCAUUAAUGCGGCUCACUUCCCUUACGACUUGACUAUCGAUCUAGAGGGUAUCAAAAAGAGAAAAUUAAGCGAAUACUUGACCGAUAAUAGCCACAACGUUACUUUGCAGAGUCGGUACAAGAUUAGUGGCAGCAGCCUCAAGGUGACGGUUGAGCCAAGGGCUAUGAAGACGUUCUGGUUGGAGUAA